GUGUGUAUUUAUUGUGUGUUCGGUGUGUAUAGUGUGUAUUUAGUGUGUGUUGUGUGCGGAGCGGCAGUAGAUGGGAGAUUUUCAGUCGGAGCAGAAACGAGCUGAAGAGAAGAAGUGAAAGAAGAGAAAAGAAAAAGAGUCUGACAGGAAACAGAAGAGAAGAAGAAGAAGAAGAGAAAGAGGUUGUGACGUUGAGGUGCAAUUUAGCUCCUCCCACUGAUGACAACAGUGAUUAUAGCCCCGCCCACAGCUCCAACAUGGCUGACAGGAAGCUCUCAGGUUUACCUGCCCCCUCCCUGUCUUCACCCUGUCAUCAGAACGGCAGGAUUGGGGGGAUGACAUCCAAAGGCUCCCCACCCCCCCACAGUAAUGGCUGUUUGGAGGCGGGACCAGGAUGCCUCAGUACCAGUAACACCAGUGCUGUUUCCCAGCGUCCCCCCACACCCAGCAACAGGAUCUCAGCCUCCACCUCACCCCUCAGGACCCUCGCAGGUCUUGUGACUCCUGUGUCAAGUCCUGGUGCUGAAGGUGGCUCCACUCGGCCCCGGGGUCAGAGCCUUGGCUCCACCCUGAGUCCCAGGACCAGAACCAUGACCUCCAGAAACAAGUGCAGGAGCAGCCAACAGGAGGAGCCAGAGGCCUUGUUGGACCUGAUCCUGGAGUGUCAGGGUCAGAGACUGGAGGACCAGAGAGCCAGCCUCAGUCUGUUACCUGACCCAGGUCCAGCUGCUCUGUGUGGGGCCUGCAGCCCCGACCAGACCUCCUUACCUGGUCUGGACUUUUACUACAUGCUCAUACACUACCAGUCUGACAGGAUGGAGGACCAGAGGUGUUCCCUCCCUGACCUGGAUGAUGUGGUGGGUUCAGUUCCUGAGGGACAGGAGGACUUCUUCAGUCUGGUUCAGAGGGUUCAGUCCAGGAGGAUGGACGAACAGAGAGCAUCACUGCUGCUAACACACUCCGAAGAUGGCCACGAUCCACACAUCAACACACACACAGCAGGCUCCUCCCCCCAUCAUCAUCAUCAUCAUCACUGAUGAAGAGCAGGGCCCACAGGAACUGCUCCUGUGUGUCAGACUGUGGAACCCAGUCUGGAUCUUUCAUCGGGACAUUUGAGAUUAUUUUAGAUGUUUCAGUGAAUCAGUAAUUCAGACUGUGUCGUCAUGGAAAAAACAAAGUGACAAUGAAAUGGUGAAUGCACCCUGAAGGUCUGACCUGAGAACAGGACAGAGGGUUGUGACUGCAGUUUAAGGUUCCUGUAGAAUUUGUUUUAUGAGAGGUUUCUUGUGACUCAUGAUAUACCUGACACACCUGACCUUCGUCCUCCUGUCAGGGACACAUUGCUCAGAGCAGUGGAGGAAGAGGACGGUUACCUGGAACGUUUGGACAGAAACAAGAUUUAAAAUAUUUCAAACAUCAUCUUUACUCCUGUUCUGAGGAAGGAAAUACACUCAACGUGUUUAUUACACCUCAGUGGGCCUAAUGAGUCCCUGAAUGACUUCCUGAAUGAGUUCCUGAAUGAGUUCCCAAACUAGUUCCUAAAUGAGUUCCUUGAUGAGUUCCUAAAGGAGUUCUAGGAUGAGUUCCCCAACGAAUUCUGGAACAAGUCUCUGAAGCAGUUCUUGAAUGAAUUCUUGAGCAACUUCCCUGAUGAGUUUCUGAAAGAGUUCCCAAACAAGUUCCUGAAUGAGUUCCUGAACUAGUUCCUAAAUGAGUUACUUGAGUUCCUUGAUGAGUUCCUUAAAGAGUUCUAGGAUGAGUUCCUCAACGAAUUCUGGAACAAAUCUCUGAAGCAGUUCUUGAAUGAAUUCUUGAGCAACUUCCCUGAUGAGUUUCUGAAAGAGUUCCCAAACAAGUUCCUGAAUGAGUUCCUGAACUAGUUCCUAAAUUAGUUCCUUGAUGAGUUCCUAAAAGAGUUCUAGGAUGAGUUCCUCAACAAAUUCUGGAACAAGUCUCUGAAGCAGUUCCUGAAUAAGUUCUUGAACAACUUCCCUGAUGAGUUUCUGAAUGAGUUCCCAAACGAGUUCCAAAAUUAGUUCCUGGGCAAGAUCCCGAAGAUGUUCCAGAAGGAGCCCCUCAACAAAUUCUUGAACAAACUCCUGAGCAGGUUCCUUAAUAAAUUCCUGAAAAAGUUCUUGAACGAGAUCCUGAAUAAGACAGCAGCAUUUAACAACUAAUAACAGCAACAGGAUGUUUUAUUUUGGUGGUACAGAUCAGAGAGAACAGACAGAUUGCAGAUUUGAUCUUUGUUUAAAAACUUGAGUAUCAGAGUUCUGAUUCUCACAGUUCUGGGGCCUAGUUACAGAAAAUGAUCCUCACUGCUUGUCAUGUCCAAAGUUCUGAAGUACAGAAACACAACACCCAGGUGGACGUGCUAAUUUUACACCCUUUAUGGGCGAGCUGCCUGUAAAGGGUCUAGAUCAGUCUGUUUUGGGUUUGACAUUCUCAUCGGCCUCCAUGCUGCUCUCUGCAGUUUACUAACCUGUUUUCAGGCCGUGUGUGACAUUGAAAGUGACACAGCAGAGAGCAGAGAAAAAUAAAACCAGAGCAUCAUACUGGUCUAGUGCACAGCUCUGCAGCAGACCAGUAUGACUCUCCACUGUCAGUGGGAGAGGAGUCUAUGUUAGCAGGUUUUCCAAUGUUUAAAAAAAAAACACCCAUACUCGCACUAGUUUUAGAUGAAAGGUGGUGAAUCUCAACAUCUGGGAGUUGGUGUUGUUCCCCUUCUUCAGCUUCACCGCCGUACAGACACAUUUUCAUCAGUUCCUUUGACGUUAGGAUGUACGGAGUCUUUACCAUCCUGAUUUAAGAUUCCUAACAUGAGAAGCUUGUCGGUUGUGUACGAGCUGAAUUCCUGUUCUGACCUAAGACAGUUUUAGUUUAAGAUUUGUUUUUCUACAUGCAGUCAGGAAACAUGUUUCUGUGACACCAACAAUCCAAAUGUCUUCCUGAACUGAGAAAUGAUUUCAGACUGAUGAAGUUUCUGUAACGACGCCGUCAGACCUCAUGAUGAGAUGAAGUGUGAUGAUUCCCGAGCACGGCACCGCUGCUGCUCACCGCUCCCUCGGGAUGGGUCAAAUGCGGAGAACAAAUUUCACACACUCAGGUGUGUGACAAUCAGUGGAACUUUAAUCUUAAUCUAGGUGUCAUGUUUAAAACCACAGAGAAGUUGUCUCGACACGCUGCAACUGCGUCUGACUGAUGUCAGCUGACUCCGCCCCUCCAGACUGCAGACAGAGGUUUCUGUUUCUCAGAGAGAGGUUUUUCUUACUUCUUGUCGUCCGACUGUUUUCAGGAAGUAAAAUGGAUUUUAUGUUUUUUCUUCAUGUGACGGACUGAACAGGCGUGUUCAGUGUCAGUGUUUUUUGUCUCCAGACGGCUCGCCGCUGUGUGAUGUCAUACGUAAAGAAGAUAUCCUGUGAUGAGACAUUUAUCUUCUUCUCUGAAACUCCAUGACGACCAGUGAGGAUGUUUGUCUGUCCCGUAGCUAGUGUCUCUGUGUCUUUAGAGACGAUAACACGUUACUGAUCCUACUGAUCUAUUAAACAUCAGAUUUGAUUCUGACCCACAGACAAAGAACUGAACUGAAACACGACUUAUUUCUUAACCUGAAUAUUUCACAUUAUGCAUCUGAAGAGUUGAAUUUGUA